AUGUCUCGGAUGGCCUCAGCACCGCCUAAGCACCAUCGAGCAGCUGCCCCGCUGCGUCGCUGCCUGGGCCCGACCUCGGCCCCGCUUUUCUUCCAAAUCACCCUCGCUGUCUCGUCUCCCUCGUGCGGCAUGGUCGGGCGCCCCCCUGUCACCAUCCCUCCACGCUAUUCUUUUUCUGCGCGACUCGCGGAGUGCAGCGCACACCCAUGGGCAAAGCCAUCGACUAUUAUUACCACCCCUCCAGCGGAUAACCUACUACUUAUCAAUACGAGCGUCAGCUGCUAUGGCUUGACGGAGGCUGCUACUAAGCGGACACGUGGUGGCCACGGACCACGGCAAGCUGUGAAUCGAGUCUUACCGUACGUGUUCUCUCAUACCUGCACGAACCCCUCAAUGGAACGGAUCAUCGCUCAACAACAAAGGGAUGGAUGCAUCAUGCAUGGACACACGAGAACAGCGAAGACAAAGGGCAAGUCCAGCCUCCUCCUGAGUCGGGAUCCGUGAGUCCUGAAUUUCAAGGCAUCCAAAGUACUCCUGUGUGCACGUCAACAGUAAUAGCUGCCAACACUACUACCUUAAGGUACCUUACUCAAUAAUCAUAUAAGCAAGAGCUGAAACGGCGCCGCAAUCUCCGACGGGGGCAGCAGGAUCGGAUUGGCCGCCCUUCCCUCGUGGCGCCCCUGUCCAAUAAUCUCCGACGGG